CCCCAAAUGUCUCGCAGUCUUCUCAGAAUGCCAAACACAAGAUUGUCCUCCAAACGCCUUCAAUCCAAGCCUGAAAUCUCCAUGCCUCCUUCAAAGCCAGAGCUUCGUGUUUUCGUCCGGAGAAACAGACUUAACAAGCCUCAAAAUGACCACAAAGUGAUCCAUAAAGAGGAAGUCAUUGGUCAUUUUUUUUCCUGUUGCUUUUUAGUACAGCCAAGUGACCUACCGGAUAUAGAAGAAUUUGCAUACAAGAAGGAAAAUGGAUCUGUGCAGUCAAGGAAGUCAAAAUCCAAACCGGAUGCACUUGUUGUGAAAACUGAAGCUGCCUCUCUAAUUGGGCUUAGAGGUGAACCACCUGCCAAUUGGGAAAAAGUUCUUGAGGGAAUUCGCAAAAUGCGGGCUUCAGAAGAUGCACCUGUAGAUUCUAUGGGAUGUGAGAAAGCCGGCAGUUCUCUGCCACCUAAGGAAAGAAGGUUUGCAGUCUUAGUAUCUGCACUUCUAUCAAGCCAAACCAAGGAUAAUGUCACUCAUGGAGCAAUACAGCGACUCCUUCAAAAUGAUCUGCUUACCGCAGAAGCCAUUGACAGAGCUCAUGAAGCAGCCAUCAAGGACUUGAUUUACCCAGUUGGAUUUUAUACAAGAAAGGCUAGUAAUUUGAAGAAAAUUGCUAAGCUUUGUCUCAUGAAAUAUGAUGGUGACAUACCUAGCUCGUUGGAGGAGUUGCUCUUACUUCCAGGAAUAGGUCCUAAGAUGGCUCAUUUGGUCAUGAAUGUUGGAUGGGACAAUGUUCAAGGGAUAUGUGUAGAUACUCAUGUACACCGUAUAUGCAAUCGGCUUGGAUGGGUAUCUCAGCCAGGCAGAAAGCAGAAAACUUCAUCUCCAGAGGAAACAAGAGAGGCAUUACAGCUAUGGCUUCCAAAGGAAGAAUGGGUUCCUAUUAACCCUCUUUUGGUGGGAUUUGGACAAACAAUAUGUACCCCUGUCAGGCCUCGUUGCGAAAUGUGCAGCGUCAAUGACGUCUGCCCGUCUGCAUUCAAGGAAACCGCAAGUCCAUCAUCUAAGUUAAAGAAGUCUGGACGCAGGUAGAUACAAUAUAUUGGUUUAAGUUCACUGUUCUUGUAACAACUGGCAUCUCUUACCAGUUUGCCCUCCAAUUUUUCCUAUCGAAACGUUCUUGUGGAGGGUCCUAUUUAGCAACACUCAUUACAACCAGUGAGGUGAAUAUUGAUAUUAAUAAACACUCUAAUUGUAAUCUAAGGAUCAAUAUUUAUAUUAGUAAUGAUGCAAAAAUGCUUAAAUUAUCUUCUGCCUUGUUGAGCUAUGUAUUUCUCUAUCAACAAUU